AUGAAGCAACACACUAGUUUAGUUAUUGAACAUAGUGUAUGCACGUUGGGAGGUCAACAAUCUUCUUACUCAUGGAGGCGCGUCGAAAGCGAUAUCCACUAUUAUAAUUAUAAUAAUAGUGGAGUAUACAUUGAUGGAAUUGUGUAUUACGAUGUUUGCUUGAAUCCAUGGAUCAAUAAAUGCAAGGCAGUGAGUAGUUUUGAUGUUGGGUCCGAGCAACUACGUCUCAUUAAAACACCUGAAAAAUUGGCAGGUGUCCUAACAAACUACCUUGGGAAGUUAGCUGCGUAUUAUAACAUUGAUGAUGUUAAGAAUCAAGUUUGGUCACAUAAGACUUUUGUCCUUCCUUCUUUCACCCGUUCAUUUUUUUUGGAUUUGAGCUUGCACUUUGCGGGGAUCAUUGCUGCUGGAGAGAUUGUGUAUGUUCCACUGUGGUUCUCUGAUCCUUUUGAGAUUUUCUGUUACGAUGUAGAGAAGAUGAUGGAAAGAAGAGUUAGAGUUGAAGGACUCGUAGACAAUAUUUUUGAUGACGUUGAGUGUGCGACUCUCCCUGAGACUUUUUCAUUAACAACUGCUUAUGUAAUUAUAUGGGUUUUCAAGGGUACAAUUUCAACCUUCCAUGCAAGAUUAUUGGCAUCCAAAAAUCGUUAUCCAAUCACAUAUGACAUAGGUUAUGAUAACAAAAAACAAUACAAGAUGUUGAAUUAUUAUAAAUAUGAAGGUGACCCAUCAACAAAAUCCAGGAUUUAUGAGAUUGGGUUAUAUGCAAAGAAAUUCAAAGAAUUUGGGUGUGAUAGUACUUGGUCAAUUUUCCAAUCAAAUUGCGUAUCUCUGAAUGGAACUUUGUAUUGGGCUGGUGUAGAUUUUAACAAUGGUAUUUUCAUUAGAAGCUUCAGUUUUUCAACAGAAAGACAAACGACUUUUUGUCGUCUACCGUUUAAGUACGAUGACGACAAUGUUCUAGCCCUUGCGGUUUUUAGGAAAGAUCAUCUUUCAUUGUUAAACUUAUGCAAUAAAACAUCAACGAUAAAGAUUUGGUUGACAAAGAAUAAAAUCAAUAAUAGGGAGGUAGGAUUAGAAGAGGACGUGGUGUGGAUAAAACUCAUGACAGUGUUAAUACCUAAUUUCCCUAAAUUUUCAUUUUAUUGGUAUAACCGUCCUGACCUAACUUACUUCCUCGACAACGAUGAUGCUAAGAGGCUUGUCAUUUGUUGUUAUGAUGAAACUAAUCAGGCUUACAUCUACAUUGUAAAAGGAGAUACGUUCGAAAAAAUCAAAAUAGAUCAGUAUGAGGUUCUAUCUGAUCAAUCUCACCCGCAUCUCCAUACAUAUAUCCCCAGUUUGGUUCGGCCUUCCCCGGUCAAAGAGGACAACAAGAAUUAA